AAAAUCUGUUUACGGUACGCAGCGGACGUGCGGCGUGUAUGUGCCCAUCUCACGUGACCGAAGCGCGCGCGCGCGCCCUCUUUCUUUGAGCCAAAAAGCCAGCCAGCCAAUACUGAUUCCGUCGAUUCCGAGUGGGGUUUUCGGCUGUUUUGCGUUAGUGUGUCUCUGCCGCAAUCUCGCCCCCUAUCCCACAGUGAGUGUGUGUGCGCGAGAAUUUUGGAAAGAAAAAGAUUGAGAACAACGCGAAUCGCAAGUGAAAAUCAAACAAAAUAUUAAAAAAAAAAAUACAGGUGCUUAAAUCAAGUGCCCCGCAGCAUCGUGCUAGAAUUGUUGGGUGAAAAUUGUGAAUAGCAGAAAAGCGUGUGCGUGGCUCACCGUGAAAUCGAACGCAUCCUGUGUGCGGUGUUGAGGUGAAAAGUUUAAGUAAAUUUUGCGUUUUGCGCAAAACUUGUGCCCGAGCGAGCAAAAGGCCUUGCGGCGAUAGUGUGCAGCGACCACCGGGGAAAACUGUGUGCCCGAGACUUGCCGACUGAAUGCCGGGAGGGAAGGGUGAAAAAUCAAUUCGAGUACAGCAACCUCUCACCCGCCUGCCCUCGCCGAAUCGGUCUGCCGCAGCACGGGGUUUGGAGAAUUGUGCUGUAAAUCAUUUUCCUCCCCACACCGAAGAGCUAUUGCCGUGUGCCGUGGGUGUAUGUGUGUGUGUGUGCUUCAAAGGAAAAUAUUGCAUAGUUUUCCCUAAGUGAAACGAAACGAGAAAAAUUCUAACCCCAUUUUGCACACCCCAUAGCCGAAAUCAUUCGACCAGUGUGAGGGGUGUGCUCGACGCUUUCCCAAAACCACAGUGGUGGGCAAUGGAAGUGAAGUGAAUUUUCCCUGCCCCGUACGUGAUCGUGUACGUGUGCCUGUGCGUGUGUGUGUGUGUGCAUCUUGAAAGAUAAUGGUGCGUACGUUCGUUCGCAGCAACAGCAGCAGUAGAGCAGCAGCAGUGCGAAGUUACGUCUUACUACUUCCACCCAAGAUUGCUGCAGCGUGAAGCAAAAACCGCAAAGUCAGCAAACGGCAGCAUCUUCCCGUCCGCAAGCACGCAAGCCAAACCCUCCGGGCAGGCAGAGGAAAAAAAGAAGGGGAAAAGGCAGCAAACCAACAAAAAAAAAAAAACAAUCCCGUCUUGGUUCGAACGCAAAACCAAUCCGGCAACGUCGGCGAAAGGCGGUCAGAACACACACACACAAAAAGCGUCUACAUUUUCGCAGCACAGCUUUUUGGCCCUUUCCGGCGGCCACCGGAAAUUGCCCACACACCCCCUGGGUUCCUCCCUAUUCCCCCGUGCUUGAGUGUAUGUGUGUGUGUGUGUGUACGUAUGUGAUUGUGGUUGCCGUGCCCUUCCGAAAGCAUCCAAAAGAAGUGAAAAAAAAAAUAAACCUGGAAGGCGAGAAUAUUUGAUUUUCGUUUCAUUUCGGAUUUAUAAGGCAUUGGCUACCGUCUUCUUUUUUCUCAGUGUGUAUGUGUGUGAGUGUGUGUGCUGUAUUGCACCAGCUAGUGUUUCCGCACAUUCCCCGGCUGUGCCCUGAGGGUGAAUAAUUCAAAGUUCAAUUCGCCAUAACUGAAUUGGCCGCAGCUGCGAAUCACGGCCGUGCCGUAACGCGCGUGCAGCCGUGUAACGCCGUGCACCGUAACGCUACAGUCGACACACGGUGAACCGAUCAAAUCAUCAUCCCAUCGUUGCCAGUGUGCCAGUGAGUGAAGCGUUUCCCAACAUCAUCAUCAUCAUCGGCAUUAAGCGGAAGCAAGCGGGGAAGUUGAAAGAGCGGUGGAUUCGGUUUUCCCACCCUCAAAGUGCCGGUCCCGUGCUGCAGCAUAAGCGUUACGUAAUAAAUUUUCAUAUAAAACGGCCCCAUAACAAGGAUUAAAUUGGAUUUAUUACCAGUGAAUGAAAAAUUGAUUUAUGUACAAAAUUGAUUUUUCUCCCACAAUCGUGCCACACCGUGCUGUGUGUCCUGUGUGAAAACGGUUUAAUGCGGUUGUGUGUGUGUGCGCGUUGAAACGAAAAAAAAACGACACAGGAAAAGUGUAGUGAAUGGAGCCCAAUGUGCAUAGUAAUUAAUCCCUUGUUAAUCGAUUGAAAAAGCGGAAGAGAGUGAGAAAAAAUAUAAAAAACGAAUCUCCGAGUCCGAGUGUAUGAGGCAGUUUAUCAAUGAAGUUGGUGUCCUGCAGGCCACUCAGCGUGCGUUGAGCCACUCGCCAGUCGCCGGUGCAGAAGGAUCCGGGAGCCCAGCCCAGCCGCAGCUGGACCGCAGUGAGUAAUGCAAAUGAAAUCCCCCAGCAGGCGUAGAGCUCUGCCGUCCCCGUUCUGCACCGAUAGCGCCAUGGGCCCGACGACGGCACGGUGCAUUUGUUGAUCGUCCACACAGAGAGAGACACGAAAUCGAAAAAACACACUCAUUGAGAAGCGAAAGAGAAGAAAACAGGAGCAAAAGAAGAAGCAGAUUUGUUUGUUUUUGGCACGUGAAGCGAUUAGUUUUGUUUGUUAAGUUCGGCGAUCGCGUGCACCACCCGAAACGCCACAAUGGAACAACGACAUACCGAGCAGUGCGGGGCGCCGGAUGAGACGCAGUGCUUUCGGAUAGGACGGCACCCGGAGGUGCAGCAGCACUGUCGGAGACAGCCCUCCUCCACCCGGCACAAGGUGCGGACGAUGCCGCUGCUGCUGUCCCUGCUGCUAGUGCUGCUGCUGCCCGCCCUCGUGAGCCGCGGCCAGGUGAGCGGCGAACCGAACUGCCCGUCCGCCUGCCAGUGCAAGUGGAAGGGCGGCAAGCAGGCGGUGGAGUGUCUGAGCGGCAACCUGUUCACCAUCCCGGAGAACAUCGACCACUCGACGCAGGUGCUGGACGUGUCCGGCAACAAUCUGCAGAUCAUCUCGAACGAAACGUUCGUCCGGUCGAACCUGCUGAACCUGCAGAAGCUGUACAUGCGCGACUGCCGCAUCGGCCAGAUCGAUGACGGGGCGUUCGCCGGGCUGACCAAUCUGGUCGAGCUCGACCUGUCGAUCAACCUGCUGACGGCGGUACCGUCCGCCGCCUUCCAGCACAUCGUGUCGCUGCGCGACCUCACGCUCGCCCGCAACCACAUCCAGAAGAUCGAGAGCCACGCGUUCCGGAACGUGACGGCGCUGACCAAGCUCGAUCUGUCGUUCUGCAGCAUCCAGACGAUCGCGCCGCAAGCAUUCGAGGGGCUCGGGUCGCUCCACUCGCUCAAGCUGAACGGCAACCAGCUGUCCGAGCUGCGGCCGAAAACGAUCGAAACGCUCAGCCGGCUGCACGGGAUCGAGCUGCACGAGAAUCCGUGGGUGUGCGACUGCCGGCUGCGGGCGGCCAAGCUGUGGCUGACGGAGCACAACAUCCCGUACCCGAUCGCACCGACCUGUGCCGGCGGGCCGGAGCGCGUGAUGGACAAAACGUUCGGCGAGCUGCAGGUGGACGAUUUCGCCUGCAAGCCGGAGAUGCUGCCGGUGCGCCGCUUCAUCCAGUCGUACAGCGGGGAAAAUGCCACGAUCGAGUGCCGCAGCUCGGCCGUCCCGUCCGCCACGGUGAACUGGUACUGGAACGGGAAGCUGCUGGUGAACAACUCACACUUCAGCGCGUACCAGCGCGUGCUGGUGCACGAGCAGGGCAACUUCGAGAAGCGGUCGCGGCUAACGCUCACCAACGCGCAGGAGACGGACUCGAGCGAGUUCUACUGCGUGGUGGAGAACCGGGCCGGCACGGCCGAGGCCAACUUUACGCUGCACGUGGCGAUGCGCGACAUCGGGUUCGCGAUCGAAAACCGCCAAAUCAUUGGGCUGAGCGCGGCCCUGGUCAUACUGAUACUGUUUAUCCUGCUGAUCAUACUGUUCCUGCUGGUGCGGUUACGGCGCAUACCGAUGACGGAGACGAAAACCCCGAACCAGGUCGAGGUGAUCACGUCCGUAAGUCCCUCUAGCAAUGUAAAUGGCAAGGUGGCGACGCCUAUUAACGAUUGUCAUUCUCCAGAUCGAGCCAAAGCCGCCGGCGAUCUGAAGUGCGGCCCGAACCCGGCCGCGAACCCGCUCCAGAAGCCGCCGCGGCUGACCGACCUGCCGUACUCGACGUCGCACUACGACGGCGGCGGCAGUCUGAUCGCGUCCGGCCAGUGCUUCGUCUCGCCGACCCACUCGCUCGCCGGCAACAAUCCGGACCUGAUCAACGACACCAAGCGGCUGGGCAGCGGGACGGACCUGACGGCGGCGACGGCAGCGCCGGGCCCGGCCGCGCCCGGCGGUGGUGUGGCCGACCCGCUCGCCCACCUCAGCCAGCUGCAGCUGCAGGCCACCAGCGCGCUCAGCACCGCCCUCUCGCUGAUGGAUCCGGUCGAGCGGCCGGGCAGUGGCGAGUAUAGCCGGGCCGGUUGCGACUCGCUCUAUCCGUCCGGGCUGUGGGAAACGCACAGCUCCAACCUAGCGGCGACCGGGCUCGACCAUGGGGGCAGCCACGGCCCCGGUCCGUACUCGGACAAGCUACCGAUCCUAGGCGGCGGCUCCGGUGCCGGCCCCGCCAUGCUAAACCUCGACGACGAAACGUCCUCGGUGGACUAUCUCAGCAGGACGUUCCCGCGCACCCAUCUUACCGGCGGGCUGUCGCUGUCGACCACCGCAUCGUCCGCCGGGUCGUACGGCCACGGGGCGGCAGCAGCAACUGCAGCGACGGGCGGCACUACUACCACCGUCAGUGGCGGCGGCUAUCCGGCCGACUACGGGCUGCCGAUCGUGCCCGGCGCCGAGCAGCUGCACAACAAGCUGGCGAGCGGGCAGCCGGCCCACCACGGCAGCACCGGCAGCAUGCCGAUGAACGCGAAAACGCUGCGCGUGUGGCAGAAGGGCGGCGUGCCGGUUCUGCCACCGGUCACCGCCUUAAAACGUGCUUUAUCCAACAGCCGCAACUCGCCCGACGAAGGCUACCAGGAGGGCUGCGGGACGGACGUGUAGUCCUGCCUGUAGCCUUUCCGCUUGCCCAGCCUGCUAGCAGCAGCAGCAGCAGCAGCAGCCCACGACCAGCCGCCUCCCUCCCCGGCCCCAGCGAGUGAUAACGACGACGAGGACGACGAGGACGACGUUUGAGCGCUGCCGGCACCACCACUGGAUCCGCUCGAAACUGCUCGAAAUGGCGCCUGCCGGUAUGCAAACCGCACGACACACACAGACGUUGGGCGUGGUGAAAAAUGGUGUGCGUUUUUAGACAAGAAAACCCGUUUUUUGUGUUUGUGUAUGUGUGUGCGGUACGAGUAUAGUAUUUGUGUCUCUCAAUCGCCUCGCGAUACUCGAAAAGUAGCUAGUACGAAAAUGCUUCCUCGGUGAGCAACACGCGUCACGAAACGACUAAUAACUGAAUGACCGUCGAGUGAGAUUUGUAGACGUUGCCCAGGAAGGACGAACACGAAAGCGAGUAGCGAAAACAUACCACUACACAGAAAAGAAAACCACCACCUCCAGUCCUUAUGCGUGCGUGUGUACAAUGUAUGUAUGUGUGUUAAUUCCUGUGCAAGCGACCGGUAAAAAAAGGGAAGUACGGGAAGAUGGUCCAUUGUUUUCAAUUACGUUUCGCAGUACGGUCUGGUGAUGGGUCGGUCUGAACCUGAUAGUUUCUGUACUAUCAUUCAAACUUGUCACAAAGUUUGUGUGCGCGUGUGUUGUAAAACUGUGGACCGGGAUUUAACAAAAACUAAACAUCGGGAAGGCAUUUAUGAAUGAGGCGCAAAUAAGAACAAAAGCACGAAACAAAACGCUCCAAACGCAAACGCUGCGCGACAAGGCUCGGCUACAGGAGGGCAACAGCGGAAAGUGUAUGAAUGUGAUAAGUACUGUGAAAGGUACGUCUUUUUUCAUCUGAUAUUGUUUGAGAGGUUUAUGUUACUUUCCUUUUUUUAUACACACACAUAACCAUAAUCCAAAAAAGGAGUACGUAAGCGAACCAGUUCGGCGUUCGGUCUGGUAUAACUAGAGCAUAAGCACAUCCCGGUGUAGUAGGAUGUCCCUCCUCUGUCCCGUUUCCCUUUGUAUCUGUGAAACGGCACACAUGUUGUUUUCCAAGCCCCCUUUUUUCCGACCGUGUGCAGUCGGCGCUCUCCAUCCACCAGCUCUCCAGUGUUGGCCCGGGAAGUGCGGGUGGAGGGUUGUCACUAGUGAGCCCCGGGAAAGCUUCAAACAGCUUUGAGAAGAGUUUUGAAACAAAGUUUGAAGCACACACAAACACAUGCACGGUCCUGGUGGUGGCUGGUGAUGGAGAGCGUGGACAAUGCGGGUACGUUGUAGCAAGCAACAAGGAAAGAGGAAGUAGAGGAAGAAGAAGAUAGGGGGAAAACAUACCGAGAAACCGAGUUAAAGGACUCACUCACUCUCUGAGACAAAAAAGACUUGUAAACUUAAUUAAUGAAGGUAAAUACUUAGGUGUACAGAAAACUUUGUUUAUAUAAUUAUAGCGAGAAAGUAAAUAAAUUAUAUCUAUAUACACAAGGCGCAGCAAAGGGUGGAAGAGGUAACAAAACAAAACACACACACACACCCUCGCCCAGUACCGAUGCAGGAAAGUUUGCUCCUGUCUAAAUGGGCAGGUGAGGUGGGAAGCGAGUGUUAUCGAAAUUCGAAUGGGAAUCCUUAGAAAAUGCGAACCAUUCCGAAAUGGGAAAAAAACAUUCAACACGAACACAUGUCACCCUGUACAGUGUAGCAAAUUGGAACAUUAAUAUGUAUGUGUGUGUGUGUUUGUGAUUAAGUUCUGUAAAGUGAGAAGAGAAUCGUGGCAAAGAGAAGAAAAGAAAAGAAAAAAACAUACACAACCAAAACAAAACCACAUCAUAUAAGCAGAAAGUCAUUAAACAAGCAAACAAAAGGUAAUGAUUUCAGUGCAAAGCAAACACAAUGAAACAAUACAGUAAAACAGCGAACACAGCGAAAAACGAUACGAGGAGAAGUAAAAGGGGAUAAGCAAAAAAAACAAGAAAUACUAGAAAAGAAACAAAAACUCUUAGGCUAGUUUUAUAUGCAACAUCUAAGCAGAACGAAAUAGGCAACAGAAGACAACCAAAACAAAGUCACCCAUAAACAUUACACAAACAUACAACAAACAAACAAAAACAAAAGGAAACUCCUAAAAUCCUGCAUAGCGAGUUGGUUUAAUCGAGCAGAACAUUAAACGUUUUGAAAGGACAGAAAGCACUGAGAGUGAAGCAAACGCAGCGUAAACACCCAAAAAUGAAACAGCAUCCAAAUCUUAAAACAAAAAAACGAAAAAACAACUCAUUAAGAAAAAAAAACAUUUAUCGCAAAUAGCAACAAAAAAAAGAACAGUUAAAACACAUUAAAACAUCGAGAGGAAACGAUUUCGAACAAAAUCAACCAUACGGCAACGCGAAACCCAGUAGUGCGAAAGGAGAGAGGGAAAAUGUGAACCUGGGCGAAAACCAAAGACUUUACGAUGAAUAAUGGAAACACUGAAAAGGAGAGAAAAAGUAAAACAAGAGUAACCGAUAGCUAACGCGAUUGUGAAACGUACAGAGCAACAAUGAACGGGCGAAGGGAAAACAAAGAAACGACGCAAACUAGAAGUGUAGUAGGAAAAAAAAACAAAAACUAUAGCAAAAAAGCUCAAGCUUGCAAAAAAAAAAAACAAAAA